CAGAAGAAGACGCUAGUUGCGGGAAAACUGAAGCGGAUGUUUCCUGUGUUGAUAACUGAACUGUUAGAAAACAAGUUUUCACAAUGAAAACCCCAAAGGCCACAGAUGUCAAACAAGGCAUUUCGGUCCUUUGGGAGACUCUGCAGUGUCCCAUAUGCUUGGAUUUAAUGACUGCACCUGUAUCCACAAAGUGUGACCACCAGUUUUGCAAAUUUUGUAUGAUGAAACUUUUGGACAACACCAAACAAAACAGGGCUAACUGUCCAGUGUGUAAAGCCAAGAUAACCAAAAGGAGCCUGCAGGAGAGCCCGGGGUUUCAGACACUUGUAGCAGGAUUGCAGGACAUGAUACAGGCAUAUGAACAUGACACUGGCACAAACUACUUUACUGGAAUGUCGCAGCAGAACGGACAAUCGGGAGUCACAGAUUCUGAUGCUACUAAACAUCACCAUGAUAUGUCAUCUAGAGAUACACCUGACACUGACUGUGACAAUGUGGAAAAUGCCGACAAUGAUCUUCCAAGGUCUCACUCUUCAACUAUAGCAGCCCAGAAUGGAUUUGCAAGACUUAUGGGACUUGACAAUAGUCCUUUGACGACAGAAGAAAAUGAAGGCCUGGACAGUGGCCUAGGGGAGGCCCCACCAACUUCUGACAAGAAAAUGCACAGCCCUACUGAUAAUUUCGAACCAAUGGAAACAGAAAUGUCAAAAGUUGUGGAAAAGGCAACAUCAACACGCAAAACGUUUCCCAAAUUGGAGAAAGCGUCUCCUGAUUCAUCAUUAAUUCCAGACGAGACCGAAAGCCAACCUUUCAGAAAGUCCUCAAGGAAGAAGCAGAAAAAGGAUUUGGAGCCUGACAAGAUUCUUGAUCAGAAACGGAAGAAAAGUUUAGAGAAAGUUGCUGAGUGGCUCAUGAAAGUUCCAGCUGAAGGAAGUCUUGAGUUGGAGAAACCCAACGAAGACACAGAUGACUCUGACAGCUGUUCUUCCGCUUCAACGAUAGAUGUCCAGCAACAAAAUUGUGACGUGAAUCCUAGGAGGUUGGAUCGUGCUAAAGCCCUUGAAGAGCAGGUGUUUGGGGCCGUCUACAAACGAGAGCGAAGAGGGAGCAGGCUCAUCUCCCCGCCACCUAAUGUUUUUGUUGAACCACAAAAACCUAAAGAAACAAUCCCUGACACAGUUUCCAGAAGAAGGAAGAAGAACACUCUCACUCCUGCGGAUUUUGUCAAGAAAACAAACUCUGAAGAUAAAAGUGAAAGCGGUAUGGAAGAAGAGCAACAAACGAUAGAAGAAGUAAAGGACACCAGUAGUGACAUUUUUAAAGAAGCAGAACAGAUGGAGGAAAAUGGUAUAGACAAAUAUGGGGAAACGUUGAACAAUUUGUCAGAAAGUGACAAAAAUAAUGGCAAAGAUGAGGUUCCUUAUCCUGUAUCUGAUAUUGGACAACAGCAACCAGAAAGUAAGUCAAAGAAAAGGUCACGAAACACUCUGCAGCAAGUUGACAGUGAUUUGCUAGAGCAAACUAAGGCAAAGUCAGAAAGUAUUGAUCAAAAGAAAACAGACAAGAGGAAAGGUAAAAACAUAAGGUCGGAAAAAGGCAAGCCCGCAAGAGUGCCGAAACCCCUUGUUCUGGUUGGAGUUCAAAAUGGAGAAACCAGUCCUAAGACUAGACCAAGGUCAGAAGAAGUUCAAGUUCAUAUUGAGAAUUACCCUAGCAGCGAGGACCAAGAAACCCCUCUCAUGAGGAGCACCAGGAGAAGUAGAAGACUUCAAGUCUUCACUGAGGAAGUCCAGGAAGGUCACAAGAAAGCACACUUGAAAGCCAAAAUACCUGAAAAAGACAAAGAUUUUGCUAAGCAAUCUGAGGACGCUAAAGGGGUAUCAUUGGAUAAUACGGCAUCACUUAAGAGUGGAAAAACAACAAAGGUGGCUGAAAGAAACGGAUGUAUUUAUGAUCAAGAUUUAGGAGAAAUAGAAAACAUUGAGUCUGGUGACAAAACGUCUUAUGUGAGACCAACACAAGAUGCUGAAGAGUCCAUUGCUGAAGUGCCAAAUGCUGAAACUUUGUCUGAAGCUGGUGUUGCUUGUUAUGUCCCUGUUGUCCCAAGCUCUGUAAGUCCAACUGCUGCAGUUGUGAUAAAUUCAACACUUGAAAGUGACAAUCCAACAAAUCCUUUCCCAAAAAAUCUACAGAUUGAGACUUCAGCUUGCGAGACUAAAUGUGUUGUUAUAGAAAACGAGGAGGAUAACAAUGACAGCGAACUGGACACAGAGCAGCUGCUCAGGAGCUUCAAAGCCACUAAAAGGAAAUCUUUCCAUCUUGGUUGUCCAAAAGUGAAAAGGAGGUGUAGUUCAGACCAAGAAAACAUGCAGGGUGCUGAAGCGGAGGAGAACUGGUCUGAUGCUGAAUCUGCAGAAAAUCUGAUUUACACAAAGGUAUCUGAAAUUCCCAGCCAAGAGGCAUUAAGAGUCAAUGAGAACUCAUCUUGUAGUGAUUUGAUCUCCCCUUCUAACUCACCUGGCCUGACAAGAAGAACAGUUGUCAAGAAACCAGAUCAAGUGGUGGUAGAAGCCUCUUUCUCUGAUAGUAGCUGUUCAGGUCAGGAUCGUGCUGAUGGUAACUGUCUCUCCAGGAAUAGUGUUAGUAGCGUCCUUACUCCUAAUAAAGUGUCAAAACAUGAAAUAGAAAGUCCUCAUCUUUCUGCUGUACCUCAAGUCGUAGAUUCCAGGCUCUGCUUCACAGCCGUUGAACGCGAGGAGCUAAAAGAACCCUCAGAUUGUUUUCAAAUUACAGAGAAUCACCUUGAUUGUACGUUGUACAAGGCCCGCAAAGUGGAGGAGACAGGAGACAGCAUAUUGGUGCGCAGUUCAUCUGCCAGUGAAAAACAUACAGUCCACACUGCUGAAAGUGUUUUAAAUGCAGAGUCCUCUUUAACUCCUGAUGGCCUUGGAAUGCCAGUUGUCCAUGAAGCAGGAUCACACAGCCGGGGUAGUGGAGAGCUCAGCGCCCAUUCCUCCAUCAAGAGCAAGCCCCGGAAGAGGACGCGGGCCCAGAGGCUCGAGUCAUCAUCCGAUUCGUCAGAUUGUAGUGAAGAUGAAUUACCAACUUUGACUGAAAUCUUCGGAACAUCCGCUCGUCCCUCUGCUGUGAUCCAGGAACAGGGCGACUCCAGUGAGGCUAAUAGAUGUGGGGGCGUUACAGCUGAUGGGGCACAACAGUCGAGCCGUCCACCUGCGUGCCCCAGCCCUGACUGCGUUAAUUCCAGCCAGGCGUCUGUGGACUUGUUUGGCACGCCAGAUGAAUGUGAUGUUCCAGUAAAUGAACCCAUUGUUUCCAUGGAAUCAUCACAAUUUUCAAGCGAAGUCCUUGUUACGCAGCAAAAGAUAGAGAUGCAGAAGGAGCUGGUGAGGUUGGAGAAGCUGAUGGCUCUGGUGUCAGAGGUGCUUCAGGAGAAGGAAGACAGUCCCGCAAAAGAAGUCCCCUCAAAAACAAAUCAGAGCGGCAAAAGCACAGGCCCAGACGCUCACAGACCCCUCCCAUGUGAUCAGAACAUAGGCCAAAGUUCAGACCGGAAGUCCGUUGCAGAAGCAGAACAAGAGCCCAACACAAGACCAUCUGAUGGCAAAGGGGUCACACAGCCCGCAGCACAGUGCUCCACACACACAGGAACAAGUGUAAAAGGUACCGGAGCCUCCAAAACAGUUAGUUCAAGUUCAGCAGCCAAAACACUAAAGAGCAAUGGUUCACCAUCAGAUGGGCAAGAAGACAAAGAAAAUAACACUCCUCCGAAAGAUAGAAGUAACGCCAAGAUGGUGCUAGUGUCAUCUGGAUUAGGCCCCAAUGAACAGAUUGUGGUGAAAAAGUUUGCCAAGCGAGUCGGUGCCCGUGUGGUCUCCCAAGUAAUGCCAGAGGUGACCCACAUCAUAAUGCACACAGAUGAACAACUGGUGUGCGAGCGCACGCUGAAGUACUUCCUUGGCAUUGCAGGCAGGAAGUGGGUGGUGAGCUUCCAGUGGAUUUCAGAGUGCUUCAAAAAAAUGAAACUCUUAGAUGAGUCUCUCUUUGAAGUGAGAGGGGACGUGGUGAAUGGACCCAACCACCAGGGCCCCAUGAGAGCUCGUACCACUCAAGACAAUAACUUGCUCAUGAAAGGCUACAAGAUCUGCUUCCAAGGGCAUUUUACAGACAUGACUACAGACGAAAUGGAGUGGAUGGUGGAGCUCUGUGGAGCAGCUGUAGUCAAAGAUCCACUUCUCCUCGACAACACUCAGAAGUCGCAUCAGCUGGUCAUUGUACAGCCUGGAUCAGAUUCGUCAUCGUCUACAUACAGCAGUCUCUCUAAACAAGCUACAGUUGUGACACGUGGUUGGCUGUUGGAUACCGUGGCAACCUACACCCUCCAAAACUGCAUGAGUUAUACAACAUGAGUUAAGGGACAAGGUGCAUCAUUUUCUCAUCACCCAUUUUACAACUUUUUUUAAUGUCUACUACUGUAACCAAACUGUAAUCCAUCUGUUUUGUUGAUAGUCCUCAAUCUCUUUAUAUUGUGUGCGGAUGACACCAUGUAUAUAAAGUUUAAUCAACAGAAGAGGCUUGAAUUGAGUCUUUUUAUAGCACAGAAAUUACUGUUACACAUAGAAACUUUAUGUGCCAGUAAUAGCAAAUCUGAAGAUAACAGACAACCUUUACUGUUAAUUGACCAAUAUUUGUAGAAGAAAAGAGUAGACUUACUUUCAAAUAUAUCACCUUAGUCAAUAGUUGUAUAAUUCAAGAAAAUGGCCAGGAAAAAUAUGUUCGUCACACACACAUUUUUAAAAUCAGGUUAAAAAAAAAUUAACAUCUCCAUAAAGAAGAGAAAUACAGCAUGUACACCUGUAAUCAUCCAAAUGCCACAGACAUUUCUGCAAGAAACUUGUACAUAUGUACCAAACUGAGAAUAGAGACAGCCAUCUAUCCAAGACUAUAGACUUACAAUGAGGAUGCUGACGGGGUUAGCCCAGGACUCUUCAACCUAUUCAAUGAACCGUUCUAUUAAUACGAGACAAGACAAGAGACAGCCCUUGAGGGUAUUAUGAUAAAAGGCACAAAACGCAAUGUCUCUAUGAACACAAUGUCCUUGUCCAAGCCUUAGUCUUUCAUUUUAACCCCCCACAGUAACUUAAAAGAGGUCUAAAAGUAUUAAAUAUUUUGGAAUAAAACUGAAAAAGGACACAUCUCCCCUCUAAAAUGAUUACUAUACAUACCAAAAGAUAUGCAGCAAUCUUAACAGAUAGAGCUCCCCUUUGACUUUGGCAUCCAGAUAACGACCAUCAAAAUUAACAUAUUGCCCAGAUUAUUAAAUCUGUUUCAAUCAUUACCAGUCCAUAUUCCUGACACAAUUUAGAGCACGAGACAAGGAAAUAUCAAUGUUUAUGUAGGACAGCAGAAAACCACAAAUAAUAUACUACACUGCCGUUGCCAAAGGAGGCGGAGGGCUGGCUUUCUGUGCCUGAGGGAUUAUGUAGCAGCACAAUUAAGACCAUUGAUUCUUUGGUGUAAUCCUGAAUAUGAUGCCAGCUGGAAAAACAUUGAAUUAUCAAUGCUAGGUAGACUUGUGCAAUCUUUGUUGGGCUGUCCGCUAUCCAAUAUAAUCAGUGGGUUUGCUUUUCUUUAUAUGGUUAGAUUUCGUGAGUUUCAGAUUCAGAGAAACAUCAAAUUACUUGAGUGGGUAGCAUAUGAUAGACAAUGGGUAAGGCAUGUUAUAACAUCAUAUUUUUUUUAGUAAAUGAUGGGAAUUAGUAGACUUCCUCUCUUAGUCCAAAAAAUAUGCAUGCAACUCAGAACCCAUCAGACGGUUUAUUGAGAGCCUGUAUCUAAGAAUAGUAUUGUUGAAGAGCAACGCAACAGACUAUAGGAAGCAAAAGUGGGGGAAAAGAAUUGGAUGUUGAAAUUUCUCUGCAGGGAUGGACUUGCAUCAUCCAUGCUGGAAGAACUGUUAGGUUUUUCAUAACCCCAAAAAAUAAAACCAAAACAAACUGGACCUCAGAAUCAAUGCUGGAGACAAUGUGCACACCUUGAUGUUCAGGUCACCAUUAAGAGUAUAUUAGGAUUUAGUAUUCAGCUCACUUGUCUCUUUCUUUACUUAAGAAGCAUACCUAAAGAUCUGGAUGUCUUUUUAAGGAGCCUCCCUACCCGAACGAAAGGACAGAUAUUGUAAACAGCAUGGAAAGUAUGACAGUUCAAAUAUAUGUCAUCUAAUGUAACUUAGUGACCUUCUGUUUGUUGUGUUAUAUAACAGAAAAAAAUAUAUUUAAAAAUGCUACAGACAUGAUGAAAAGUGGGUAGAUUACCUGCUAACGCAUCAGGAACUUUGUCAUAGACAUUAUGAUAAUAUCUGUGUGAGUGUUUAAGACGAUAUUUAAGAUAUUUCUGAAGGUAAGAUGCCUUGAAGACCAACGCUAAGCAAAUGCUAAACAUAAAAGUACUCACCAUGCUCAAUAUCAUCCUUGGGGUUUUAGAAAGAAUCCUUUACAGUGUUUAGUGCUUAAUGUCUCCUGUCAGUUCUAAUGUAUUUUAAUAAGAUCUUGUCAGCCAUGUUCUCCAGUGUUCCCACUGCUGUUCCAUGGUUCUGCGGCUGUUGUUUGCAAAUCCCUGGUGUAUUCCAGCUUUCUGAAAAAGCCUGUAACUCUCCUGUAUGUUGCAACAUGUUCUGCACAGAGAUUUCUUGAAUUAUUGAAUAGCCAUUGUGUGGGAAUAAAUGAGAUAGAAGGGAUUUACAGGAAUGGGCCAUAUGUGGGCAGAAAAUGACCCAUCUGUGUGUGCACUCUGCAAGGUUUCAUAUAACCUUGAAAAGAUAAAAUGUGCAUGAUUAGGCCAAAUUAAAACAUUGCUAUAGAAGAUAACACUGCUGGUGU